AUGGCAAGGUUUUCAAUACCCAUGAUGGGUUUUCUGCUCUUAUGCAUUAUAUUGUUAGCUCCAACAGAAGCUGCGUACCUGAAAUACAAAGACCCAAAACAGCCAUUGAACGUUAGAAUCCGGGACCUCAUGAAGCGGAUGACUCUGGAAGAAAAGAUUGGCCAAAUGGUGCAGAUCGAGCGCAGUGUUGCAACCCCCGAUGCCAUGAACAAGUAUUUCAUUGGAAGUGUACUGAGUGGUGGUGGGAGUGUUCCAGCCCCAAAAGCUUCUGCUGAGGCAUGGGUCAAUCUGGUCAAUGGCAUCCAAAAGGGAUCCCUUUCGACCCGCCUCGGGAUUCCGAUGAUUUAUGGGAUUGAUGCGGUUCAUGGCAACAACAAUGUCUACAAUGCUACUAUUUUCCCCCAUAACGUUGGGCUGGGAGCCACCAGAGAUCCUAAACUUGUCAAGAAAAUUGGGGAAGCAACUGCCCUUGAAGUCAGGGCCACAGGGAUUCCUUAUGUUUUUGCCCCAUGUAUUGCGGUUUGCAGAGAUCCGAGAUGGGGGAGAUGCUAUGAAAGCUAUAGCGAAGACCAUAAGAUUGUUCAAGCAAUGACUGAGCUAAUAUCUGGUUUGCAGGGAGAUAUGCCUCCCAGUGCUCAAAAGGGUUCUCCUUUUGUUUCUACUGCAAAGGGAAAGGUUGCGGCCUGUGCUAAGCACUAUGUAGGAGAUGGUGGCACAACAAAGGGCAUCAAUGAGAACAACACUGUGAUUGAUUUGAAUGGAUUGCUUAGCAUUCACAUGCCUGCAUACUUUGAUUCCAUCCUCAAGGGUGUUGCAACAGUUAUGGUGUCUUACUCGAGUUGGAACGGGAAGAAAAUGCAUGCUAACCAAGAACUUGUAACUGGAUUCCUCAAGAACAAGCUACGGUUCAGGGGUUUUGUCAUAUCAGAUUGGGAGGGUAUUGACAGGCUUACAUCUCCUCCCAAAGCUAACUAUUCAUAUUCAGUUCAAGCAGGAGUUAGUGCUGGAAUAGAUAUGAUCAUGGUUCCCUACAACUUCACAGAGUUCAUUGAUGAUCUAACCUAUCAAGUUAAGAACAACAUCAUCCCCAUGGGCAGGAUUGAUGAUGCUGUGAAGAGAAUUUUGAGGGUUAAGUUUGUCAUGGGCCUUUUUGAGGAACCCUUGGCGGAUCUCAGCCUAGUCAACGAGCUGGGGAAAAAGGAGCAUAGAGAAUUAGCAAGGGAAGCUGUAAGAAAAUCACUUGUUCUUCUAAAGAAUGGAAAAUCUGUUGAUAAGCCGUCGCUUCCUCUUCCCAAGAAAGCAGGAAAGAUACUCGUUGCAGGGAGCCAUGCAGACAACUUGGGCAAUCAAUGUGGAGGCUGGACAAUCACAUGGCAGGGCCUUGGUGGCAAUGAUCUUACAGUUGGUACCACAAUCCUCAAUGCUGUGAAAAGUGCAGUUGAUCCUACAACUCAAGUUGUCUACAACCAGGACCCCGAUGCGAACUUUGUGAAGUCCAACAAAUUCGACUAUGCUGUUGUCGUUGUGGGCGAACCCCCGUACGCUGAAACAUUCGGCGAUAGCUUGAAUCUGACCAUCUCAGAACCUGGACCGAGCACCAUUGCCAAUGUCUGCGGAGCUGUGAAAUGUGUUGUUGUCGUCAUUUCUGGCCGCCCCGUGGUGAUUCAGCCCUAUCUUGCUAAAGUUGAUGCACUUGUGGCAGCUUGGCUUCCUGGAACUGAAGGACAAGGUGUUACUGACGUUUUAUUUGGUGAUUAUGGAUUCACUGGAAAACUUGCACAUACAUGGUUUAAGACAGUAGAUCAGCUCCCAAUGAAUGUUGGUGAUCAACAUUAUGACCCUCUAUUUCCCUUUGGAUUUGGUCUCACUACUAAGCCAACCAAGAGUUACUAA